AUGCAAACCAUUCUUCUUAUUCUGUUCCUUCUUGUCCCAGCAACGGUCGCAUUCGUUUUUGGCAAUUUAAGAUCCUUCAACAUCAGAAGCAUGUUCUCCAAUAUUGAUUAUAUGGGUAUGUUGGAUGAAAUAAAGCAGUGGAAAAAUGCUAACAUGGGAAGAAAAACAACCAUCUUCACAGCUGUCAACUUCAAAGACUACUCACAAGACCGGUACGAUCUGGGAAUCUCGCCGUUCAAGAAGUUUCUGAAUACACAACAAACAGAUCAACGGAAAAACUAUCAUAUUCACGUGGCAAAGCUGCCAUUCAAAUCGGACAAAUUUAUGAGUAUGAUUGGUUUGAGAAGCGACAAUGAGAUAACUAAUAUCGAGAAACAUCUGGCUGACAAAGACUGGCUGGUCUUCUUCUCUCAUAAUAGCAUGAGCCAUGACAUCAACUUUGUGUGCUCGGCGAUAACACCAGAGGACGUGACGUCAUUGUUGCUGCUAGCCACGAAAGAACAACUUCAUCCCUGCCAACCAUACAAGUAUCGAAGCAUGAGGGAUGCUAUAAGAUCGAAGCACGACAUUGUAAAUGCAUAUAAAGACUAUCAGACUCGAACAUUAGUAGAAUCAUUACUCCACCAAAAUGCCGUGUUGAAACUGAACUCUGAUAUGCGAGGACUGGGAUUCGAUUCGGAUUCAGAAGACGACGAUCAGUGUCAGGACAUAGUGAAUGUGGCAAGACAGAAAAAGAGACAAGAAUUGCUAAGGGACUUGAAGCGUGAGAGGAAGAUUGUGAAUACGCGACAAAAAGAGGGUGAAAUGAUCAGAAAUGCGGAGAUGCAGGCAAAAACGACAAAUGAUUGUACUAUAGGCGAAGAUUCGAAAUCAGAGUUUGAGUUUUCGUAG